AAAGUGGGAGGGCAGUGUAAGAAGAAGAUAAAAUAAACUGUUCACCACCUCAGCCCUGCUCCUCUCCUCCCUGAUGGACGACACUUGGGGCUCUGAGCUCUGCUUCCCCAACCUCAACUCCUCCUGCAGACGUCUGCUGCGACCACGCUCUGAGACUCUUCUACUCUACACCCUAGUUGCAUCUGCCUCUCUGCUCACUGUGAUACUCAAUUUGCUUGUCAUCAUCUCCAUCUCUCACUUCCGGCAGCUCCACACCCCGACCAACACUCUGCUCCAGUCUAUGGCUGUGUGUGACCUCGGACUGGGGCUGGUGGUGAUGCCUGUUGAAGGCAUUCGUUACAUUGAGUCGUGUUGGAUGUUGGGGAGGAUAAUGUGUGCUCUGUCUCCUUAUGUUUAUUACAUCCAGUCCUCAAGCUCUUUGGGCCACAUGGUGCUCAUAUCCAUCGAUCGUUAUCUGACUAUUUGUGACCCGCUGAUCUACUCCUCUAAGGUCACUCUGACUAAAGUUAAAAUCUGUAUCUAUCUCUGUUGGACCUGUUCAAUUACCUACAAUGUGUUACUUCUAAUGGACCACUUAGUGCAGCCGGACAGAUUCAACUCCUGCCAUGGGGAGUGUGUGGUGGUGACAAACCAGAAAUUUGCAACUGCAGACUUGUUUAUAACCUUUAUUGGACCUUGUACUGUCAUAGUUGUGUUGUAUAUGAGGGUAUUUGUGGCUGCCCUUUCUCAGAUGCGUGUAAUUCAGUCACAGGCUGCUGCUACCAAGGCCAGGGCAGCUCCAACUGCUAGGAAAUCACAGCCCAAGGCAGCCAGGACUCUGGGGAUUACUCUUCUACUCUACACCCUAGUUGCAUCUGUCUCUCUGCUCACUGUGACGCUCAAUUUGCUCGUCAUCAUCUCCAUCUCUCACUUCCGGCAGCUCCACACCCCGACCAACACUCUGCUCCAGUCUAUGGCUGUGUGUGACUUGGGACUGGGGCUGGUGGUGAUGCCUGUUGAAGGCCAGCAAUACAUUGAGUCAUGCUGGCUGCUGGGGAGGAUCAUGUGUACUAUGUCUCCUUAUGUUCAUUACUGUCUGUCUGCUAGUGCUUUGGGUCACAUGGUGCUCAUAUCCAUUGACCGUUAUCUGACUAUCUGUGACCCGCUGAUCUACUCCUCUAAGGUCACUCUGACUAAAGUUAAAAUCUGUAUCUGUCUCUGUUGGACCUGUUCAUUUACCUACAAUGUGUUACUUCUAAUGGACCACUUAGAGCAGCCGGACAGAUUCAACUCCUGUCAAGGAGAGUGUGUGAUGGUCAUCAGCCAAAUCGCAGGAACUAUCGACUUAUUUAUAACCUUUAUUGGGCCUUGUACUGUCAUAGCUGUGCUGUAUAUCAGGGUUUUUGUGGCUGCUUCUCAGAUGCGUGUAAUUCAUGCACAGGCUGCUGCUACCAAGGCCAGAGCAGCUCCGAAUGCUAGGAAAUCUCAGCCCAAGGCAGCCAGGACUUUGGGGAUUCUGAUAGUUGUGUUUGUGGUAUGUUUCUGUCCAUACUUCUAUCCUGCACUAGCAGGUAUAGACACCUCCACUAGCUUGUCCUAUUAUCCAAUACUGAAUUGGUUGUGGUUAUUGAACUCUUGUUUGAACCCUCUGAUUUAUGCCAUGUUCUACCCCUGGUUUAGAAAAGCUAUCAAACUCAUCAUCACACUCAGAAUACUGCAGGAUAACUCCCGGGAGGUCAAGAUCCUGUAGACAGGGCUGGA